AGCAGAGCUCUGCGCGUGGCGGGACUGCGCAGGCGCACAGGUGGUCGCGUCACUCGUUGCGUUCUAGUGAACUGCCAAGUUUUGCCUGCGCGUUUUCCUCUCCUGCUAGCGGCCGAUCCGUUGGUGUCUGGCCCCCGCGGCUCGCGCCCCUGACACAGGACCAUGGCGGACCCUCGCCUCAGGCAGAUCAAAAUUAAGACGGGCGUGGUGAGGCGGUUGGUAAAAGAGAAAGUUAUGUACGAAAAAGAAGCAAAACAGCAAGAAGAAAAAAUUGAAAGAAUGAAAGCUGCAGCAAGUGAUGAUUAUGGAAUUAAAAAGCAGAUUGAGAUCUUGCAAGAAUCUCGAAUGAUGAUUCCAGAUUGCCAACGCAGAUUAGAAGCUGCGCAUGCAGAUCUUAGUCAACUAUUAGAAAAUGAAAAAGAGUUGGAAGAAGCUGAAGAAUAUAAAGAUGCACGUUCAAUACUGGAGUCAGUGAAGUUGGAAGCCUAGAAGUUCUUCAGUACUGUCUUCAUGCAUUAGCCUGGGUCCAUUCCAUGCUUUUUGUUUGAUCACUGCUGUAUUAUUUAAAGUAGUGUAAGAAUGAUGACUUGCUGAGAUUCCCUUUAUGCCAUUGCAAAUGACAGUCAUUUAUUUGAUGUCUCCAAGUUAGAGAAAGGCCAAUACAUUUUUGGUUUUUAUAUUUUGCCUAUAGAUAGAACACUUAAUUGACUCAAAGUAUCAAAUUGCAAAUAAAAAAAACCUGUGUCUUUGAGAUAAAGCUAGGAAUUUACUAGUUGGUGAGGAUGAGUUUUUUGUGUAACAACUUAGUCAGCAUCUUUAGGAUAAUAAAGUAUGUGAGGAAUGUGAUGACAGCAGAUAUUUCCAAAACUACUUAUGGUGGAAAGCAUUUGCCUUAACAGAUUUCUGUUCUAACAGGAAACAGUUUAAAGCAAUUAAGCCUGCAUAUUCUAACAGGACACUUGUAAAGUGUAGUAUGUUGUAUAUUUUUACAAACUUGUGUUGUGUAUAUGUAACUUCUCAAAUAGAUAAGUUCUUAUUUUAAAGUACAGUACUAACUAGAAAUGGGCCUAAAACAUUAAAUAAAGAUCUGAUUCUAAACCA